AGCUGGUCGGGCUGGCUGCUGGUGAUUAAUCCGAACCGCGCCGCAGAUCAAAUUCUCUCGGAUUCCAUCUCCUACUUGGAGAAAACACGCCCCCACCCCCCAUCCCGCACCCCUUCACGCUCAUUGUUUAGGCUGGCGCGGCAGCUCUUCUCUCCUCCGCUGCCGCCGCCACAACCAAACAAAUAUUCUAGUGAAUUCUACGUUGUCAUCCCGCAUCCCAAUUACACACGUUUCUCCCCAUCACAAAAACAGCCUACAAAAAACACACUACAAGAAUUUCAUUUCAUUUAGACGUUUCACGUAUGGAUAUGAACGACGUCGAGCAAAUACCCGCGCCGCAGCCGGGUAAGUCAUCGCUGUCCUCGGAGUCAUCGCCGUGCCUGUCGCUUUCGUCCUCCGAGGAGGAGCUGCAGGACAUGCCGCUGGCGCCGCCGAAGAUGAUGAGCCGGAAGAGGCUGUGCAAGCAGCUGUCCAUGUGCGAGACGCCGCGUGACAUUGCAUGGGAGAAGCGGCGCCGGCAAAUUCUGAAGCAGGAGAGGAAGAGGAACGGAAACGGUGACUCCCCCGGCGCCGCCGCCGAACCAGAGGGAGACGACAUGAACCUGACCGACGAGGACUUGCAUGAGCUGAAAGGGUGUAUAGAGCUAGGGUUUGGGUUUAAUGAGGAAGAGGGUCAACGGUUGUGCCCCACAUUGCCGGCUCUUGACCUUUACUUUGCCGUUAACCGCCAGUUCUCGCCGAGUCCGAUCUCCUCGCCGAAUAGCAGCCGACAUUCCACGUCGUCAAUUGGUGGUGCGACGUCGUCGUUUGGUGGACUUUCAGCGUCGUUUGGAAGCCCUAGCCCUAGGAGCGACAGUGAUGGAUGGAAGAUAUGCAGCCCAGGUGAUAAUCCUCAACAGGUGAAGACCAAGUUGAGGCAUUGGGCGCAAGCAGUUGCUUGUUCAGUUAUGCAAUCUUAUUGAAAGUGUGAGAUGAGAUCAAAUUUGGUGGCAGCUUGUACAGAUCAGGGAAUAUUUAAACAGCUUCUUCUUCUCAUUCGAGUCAUCGAUCAGAUGCAUGUGGCUUGUACAGAGGAGAUUAAGGAGUACUUUUAAUUUCUAGAGAUACAUACAUACAUACAUACAGAUUUACUUAAGAAGAGAUCAGAGAGAGGAGAGAGGAGAGAGGAGAGAGGAGAGUGUGAGAGUGAGAGAAGAGAGGAGAAGAGGCUGGCUUACGCUUAUAAUUAAUUAGGGCCUCCCUCCAUGAGAACAAGUUCAUUGGCGCUCAUGAUCAUCGAGAAAAACAUUAUCAUCUUUGGUUAGAUUAUUCGAUUACAUUCAUGCUUGUUUAUUGUCCUCA